GCUGCCUGUCUUUGGAUGCACUUGAAGUGUUCCUUAUUUUUAAAGCAAUAUAGAAGGCAUCCGAGUGUCUGUUUUCCACUCCCCCCUCCCUGGGAUGGGAAACUAAGAACCUCCGUGGAUUGGAAGUCCUCCGGGGUAGGGAGUGAAAGCCCCGGAGGCAGGAAGGGACCGAGACGAGGGGCUUGCCCGGAGCAUGGAUAGGAAAGGAGCCGGGGCGCUCCAGGGCUCAGCGCGCACUGAGGAUCUGUGCCCGGGGCUGCAGCUGCGGAUGAGAAAGGCGCGGUCUGGCUAAUGAAGGCCACCUGGAUCCGGCUUCUGAAAAGAGCCAAGGGAGGAAGGCUGAAGAAUUCGGAUAUCUGUGGUUCGGCAGACUCCUACACCAGCCGUCCAUCCGAUUCAGAUGUUUCUUUGGAGGAAGAUCGGGAGGCAGUGCGCAGAGAAGCAGAGCGACAGGCCCAGGCCCAGUUGGAAAAGGCAAAGACAAAGCCCGUUGCAUUUGCUGUUCGGACAAAUGUUAGUUAUAGUGCAGCCCAUGAAGAUGACGUCCCAGUGCCAGGCAUGGCCAUCUCCUUCGAAGCAAAAGAUUUUCUGCAUGUUAAGGAAAAAUUUAACAAUGACUGGUGGAUAGGGCGAUUGGUGAAAGAAGGCUGUGAAAUCGGAUUCAUUCCAAGCCCAGUGAAACUAGAAAAUAUGAGGCUACAGCAUGAACAGAGAGCCAAGCAAGGGAAAUUCUACUCCAGUAAAUCAGGAGGAAAUUCAUCAUCCAGUUUGGGUGACAUAGUACCUAGCUCCAGAAAAUCUACACCGCCAUCAUCCGCUAUAGACAUAGAUGCUACUGGCUUAGAUGCAGAAGAAAAUGAUAUUCCAGCAAACCACCGCUCCCCUAAACCCAGUGCAAACAGUGUAACGUCACCCCACUCCAAAGAGAAAAGAAUACCCUUCUUUAAGAAGACAGAGCACACUCCUCCUUAUGAUGUGGUACCUUCCAUGCGGCCAGUGGUCUUGGUGGGCCCUUCUCUGAAGGGGUACGAGGUCACAGAUAUGAUGCAGAAAGCGUUGUUUGAUUUUUUAAAACACAGAUUUGAAGGACGGAUAUCCAUCACAAGGGUCACGGCUGACAUCUCACUCGCCAAGCGCUCAGUGUUAAACAAUCCCAGCAAGCACGCGAUAAUAGAAAGAUCCAACACGAGGUCGAGCUUAGCGGAAGUUCAGAGUGAAAUUGAAAGGAUUUUUGAACUUGCAAGAACACUGCAACUGGUAGUCCUUGAUGCGGAUACUAUUAAUCAUCCAGCUCAACUCAGUAAAACUUCUUUGGCCCCUAUUAUAGUAUAUGUAAAGAUUUCUUCUCCUAAGGUUUUACAAAGGUUAAUAAAAUCUCGAGGGAAAUCUCAAGCUAAACACCUCAAUGUCCAGAUGGUAGCAGCUGAUAAACUGGCUCAGUGUCCUCCAGAGCUGUUUGAUGUGAUCCUGGACGAGAACCAGCUCGAGGAUGCUUGUGAGCACCUUGCCGACUAUCUGGAGGCCUACUGGAAGGCUACCCACCCUCCCAGCAGCCAUCUCCCCAACCCUCUCCUUAGCCGUACUUUAGCCACUUCAACUCUGCCCAGUAGCCCCACUCAAGCCUCUAAUUCACAGGGUUCUCAAGAUCAGAGGACUGAGCGCUCUGCUCCUGCCCGGUCUGUGUCCCAAGCUGAAGAAGAAGCCUGUCCGGAACCCGUCAAGAAAACCCAGCACCGUUCCUCCUCUGCCCAGCACCACGGCCAUCGCAGUGGGACAAGUCGAGGCCUCUCCAGGCAGGAGACGUUUGACUCAGAGACCCAGGAGAGUCGAGACUCUGCCUACGUGGAGCCGAAGGAAGAUUACUCCCACGAACACGUGGACCACUAUGCCCCCCACCGUGACCAUAACCACAGAGAUGAGCCCCACGGGAGUAGUGAGCACAGACACAGGGAGUCUCGGCACCGGUCCAGGGACCUGGAUCGAGAGCAGGACCACAACGAGUGCAACAAACAACGCAGCCGGCAUAAAUCCAAGGAUCGCUAUUGUGACAAGGAUGGGGAAGGCAUCUCCAAAAAACGGAACGAGGCUGGGGAAUGGAACAGGGAUGUUUAUAUCCGCCAGUGACUUUUGCCCUUUUUUGUUUCUUUUUUUUUAAGUCUUGUAUACCACCACCCUCAGACUCCAUCUUUGGGGUCUACGUUGCAGUCAUAUGUGAUCUGUCUUGUACACUUUGUAUUGCUGUUGCUUGAAUAGCAAUAGCAUGAUAGAGUAUUAAUAUACUUUUUUUUUCUUUUGUAAGUGCUAUAUAAAUUCGCCUGGUAUGGCUGCAGUCCUCCGGUUGUAUACUGGACUUUUCAAAAACUGUUUGGGAUAGCUGCCACUUGAACAAAAUCUGUUGCCAUCCAGGUGGCAUUAGUAUUUUAAGAAACAUAGUUGAUGUUUUCAAAACUGUAGUUGAUGUAUCCAGCAAGCCACAAUUGGCCCAGAUAAAAAGUGGAAUUUCUUGAUUCUCCAGAUUUUUAAUAUGUAGGCACCUAAUUUGCAUAUUCAUUUAUCCAUGGACCACUGUUUCUUGCUUGUACCUCUGGCUGACUAAAUUUGGGGACAGAUUCAGUCUUGCCUUACACAAAGGGGAUCAUAAAGUUAGAAUCUAUUUUCUAUGUACUAGUACUGUGUACUGUAUAGUUUGUAAAUGUUAUUUCUGCAAACACCUUCUUAUGAUAAUUAUAUAUAUAAUAUAUAUAUAUAUAUACAUAUAUAUAUAUCAGUUGGAUCACACUAUUUUAGAGUCUUAAUGCCAAGUCAGCAGAUUUGCUUUAUGAAUUACAGGGACUAGAAAUGCCCACCUUCAGGAAAUUUGUAAUAUUGUCUAGACACCUUUCCCCAUUCUAGUAGAAAGUCUGUACAUACUGUAAAUAUGUGAUUGCCUGACUUGAAAAGGUUUGAUUUCUGAAUGUUUUACCAUCCUUGUAAGUUUAUAAUUUUGACCAUAAAUUAUGGUAAAUAUAACCAAACUCCAAAGGUUGUUCUAAUCCAUGCAGUUCACACUGAUUGUGACAAACACAUACUUAUUAGUAGCUAGUGUCUUAUGUCACUGCACUGGAGUAUAUGAGCCGGACCUCUGUGUGUCUGUGUGUAAGAGUGUGCACGAGUGACUGGGCUGGAGCUGAGUGCUGAAGACUCGAGACUAAUACCUAGAAUUCUACCCACAUGGUUUUGUAUUUAAUUGUGCUACGUGUUGCUUUGAGAAUCCAUUGAGCAGUCAGGUAUUGUGAGGAAGCUUGCUGCCAAAGGUGACUAGGAAAGCAUUUAUCUGCUGGCUCCUUGUUUUUGCUCCUAGAGAGUAAAAAUACAAGCAACUUUUAACUGUGAGUGUUUCACUGGAAAUGUACAAUCUUUGUGUGUUGAGUAUUUGUUUUAGUAAGAAAUGUUUACACAGCUUGUAGAAUUAUUUCGUGGGAAAAUAAAUUUUAUAACUCCCCCCACCUCCUUUUCUACCCUUGCCUAUCGUUCCUGUUGUUUAUCUCCCUGAAAUUUCCCCUUCAUUCCUUCCCUGCCACCAACUCCCAACAGUUUCGCUGUCCGUCAAAACCUAGAAGUGCUUCUUAUAACCAAAGUUUCUGCUCUUCAGAAGUAAUCAGGGCAAAAUGAGGUGACUUGAAGUGAACAAAACGUUAAGAAUAUCUUCCUCCAUUAGACAUCGACUCUGAAGGGGAACCCAGAAGAUCCUAUUCUCCAUGCCUCAAUGAUAUAGCGCUGUAAGCAGCUCACAGUGUGGUUGUCACGCUAAGGCUGAAACCUUCUGUGUCGUUUCUGUGUACACUUUUGUCCAGUUAUGCCUGGACAGGUAAGACAGUAUUAGGUGUGCAAGUACCUAGCACCUAGAGCUUGGCCCUGAAAAAUGCCUAUCUAUAAUUGCCUAACUUCCGACUGUACAUUAUGAAAUGAUUAUUUUGUUAAAUAAGUUAAUCUAUUUUUGUUUUGCUUCUUUGAUUAUUCCAGGUUCUUGCCAAAUAUUCUGGGACCUUUCUAAGUGAAGUUGUUUCACGUUGAACUCCUUAUUUCCCUUCCCCUUCAACAAAACUCAGUUUUAAAAAUGAGUUAUAUUACCUGAUAAAACCCUUUAAAUGUAAGAAACAUUUUCCUCAUAAUUAAUCUUUUGUUAAUUAGCUCUGAACUGUUGACAAAUUUAUUUAUUGAAUAUAAAAAUGGUAGUCAUAAUAUAUACAUUUUUUAUGUAAACUAUUCAUAUCAUUGGGAAACCAUAUUCCAGGUAGUUACUUGUAUAAAAUAUUUCUGAAACUUUCAUCCCGUUUAAUGACUUUGGGAUAUUUAGAACUCUUGAAGUAUAACUGGUAUUUAUCUUACUUGCUGCUACCACUUAUCCCUUUCAAAGAGUCAUGCUAACAGAUUCGUUUUAAAACUUCAUACCUGGAUUCUUAAUUUUUCACUUUACUGUGAAACAUACUAGUCCAAAUCAGAGUAUUCCUCAAAGAACUAUAUUGCAGGAUUUGACAUGAGCAUCUAUAUGUGAAAACUGUAUAGUAGGCAUAUGUGUAAAUGUGUGUACUCAAUUUGUAAAUGCAGAAAUAAUCCCAAGGGCAAUGGGAGAUUUUACUGACUUGUGGAAUGUAAAAUUAGUCUUUUCACUCAGCAAAGGCUUAACCUUAACCUACUCAGUUGUAGAAUCAUGAUCUUUGUAGUCAACCUAGAAAAUGCUGGAAAUGGACAUGUUUUUGAUAGUUCUGUGUUUUAUUGUCAACCCCAUUUCAGUUUUUCCUAUGCUCUUUCUCUCCUGCUCAUUUAAGUUACUGUUACAAAAAGGUGCUGCUAAAUGUAGGAUGUCUUAGUCAUAUUGUACUUUGGGACAAUGCCACAUUUUUAACAUGGUCUGCUGUGCAUUCCUGUUAAACAUUCACUGUCAGCGACACUGAACUGUUCAACAAAUCUGGUUUAAAUUCAUUCAUAUAAAACAAAUAAAGAGCUGGCUUUCUGCACUGUUUAUUAGUAGUAUUAAUUGCAAUUUUAGGAAUGUUUCUCAUAGUUGAGCCUAUGUCAGAUUUCCAAUACCACCUCCUACUGUGGAGGAUCUUUCCUAAGGGCAAAGCUAAUCACUGAUGUUACUUUCGUGAGUAAAAUUAAACUGGUAAAAUGACAGCUUACUGGAGGUAGAGAUCUUUUAAAAUAGGAGCACAGCAGAGUCCUCUUUAAGUCUACCUGUGUGGCAAUUCUUGAUUCAGAUUUUUUUUAUUCUUCCUUCAUUUUUAAAAUGAAGAUCUAUCUUGAUGACAAAUUUAAAUCCUCACCCUUAUCUCCCCUUCACUCAGAGCAGUGAUACAGUGCUGCCUAGUUGUGGAUACUUUCAUCCUAGGAAUAUGUCAA